UGACUUCUUGGAGCAGGAAACGUGGAACACUGGAGACAAUACCCCACGUGAAGCAUUAUUUCAACACUUCGAGGGAACAUCAAAAGCGCUUGCUACGACGCCGUCAGUGUGUUGGCCCGAGAGAGAAAUCGCAGCGCUUGGGAUUUUUCACACCGAUUACUUGCCUGAGCAAGCCACGUGGAGGAACCAUGGCAAGAUUAAUGACUCUUUUUAUUUACCUUGUGUUGCAAUCGGCUUAUAACGCGUUUGCUAUCCAAGUAUCCGAAUUCUAUCCAUUUGGCGCCAACUCUCAGCGCUUGUUGCCGCCAUCCCAGAGUAUUUCUGAGCCCGUCCCGCUGCGACAGCCCUACAGCUUUUACGGGCGUCACUUCACUACACUUAGGGUCCACCGAGAUGGCGUGAUCAGCCUUGGGCUAGACACAGGGGUCCCGUUACGCCACCGGAAGUUCCCCUUCCCGCCAGAUCUUCACGUCAUAGCGCCAUUUUAUGCGCCAGCUGUCAUCAAAGAGGGCGGUAAGCUGUGGUAUGGCGAGACCACUGACGCAGGCGUGCUGAGUAGAGCGUCACUUGAUGUCAGGGGUGUGUUCGUGGAUGAGUCCUCGCUUAAUGCGUCAGCGGUAUUUGUGGUCACGUGGAAUCAAGUUAGACAUGCGCAUCACAAAGAAGGAACAAAGAACAACACGUUCCAAGCGGUCCUCGUCACUGACGGAAGCAACACAUUUGUCCUAUUCAACUACGCCACACACGGCCUGCAAUGGACCAAGGGAUAUCACGUGAGGUGGCAGAAUACCCGGAUGUACCAUGCGCAGGCGGGGUUUAGCGCAGGCGACAAGAUCAGGCUAACCACGUUGCCAGGUUCUGGCUCAGAUAUCGUCCGUCGCUUAGCAACGCGGUCAAACAUGAACAGUGUUGGUCAGUGGAUGUUCAAAGUAGGAUGGACGCGCAUGCGCCAUCUGGGUGUGUACGCCGCUGACAGCUACGAGGAGGAAUACAGGGAUUACUUCUUUGUUGAACAAUAUUUCAAGGGCUGCUAUAUGAUCCAUGGCUACCUGCCUGUCAGUAAUCGUAGCCAUAUAUGGCAAGACAUCUCCAUACGCUCCUGUAUUAUCCUUUGCUUCGAGCGCGGGUCCGACUUUGUGGCCAUGCAUAACGGAAGUCAGUGCGCAUGCCUGAAAAGCGUCAAGGAUCUAGUACGAGCCCGCGAUGAUGGCGAAUGUGGAAUGCGGUGUUCCGCUAACGAAAAUGAAAUUUGUGGCGGGAAAAUGGCGGUGUCUGUGUAUGAGACUACUGCACAUGCGUCGGUCUUGUCUGAUGAAUCCGUACGGCGGCUUAACGAUCUGGACGAGUGCGCAGUCGGAUCUGCGCAGUGUCACAUGAAUGCCACGUGCUACAACAAAGCUCCCGGAUUCUGCUGCGAGUGCGACGACCGUUUCUAUGGCGACGGGAUUUCUUGCAUAAGAAAAGGUGCUGUUCUACGUAUGGUUGGUUACAUAACGGGUACCGUCGGCGGGCUGUCAAUCAACAGUCUGUUCGCUGAUACUAUUGGUUAUUCAAGCGAUGGCCGUGCGUAUGUCGCCACGCGAGGUCUCCCCCGUCCCCUUGCAUAUUCUAUUCGCAUCGUGAUCCCCCUGGCGAGUGUAGUGGGCUGGAUGUUCGGGAUGCCUGUGCACAAAGGUCUGAAGAAUGGCUAUGCAGUAGUCGGGGAUCGGUUUACAAGAAACGUCACCGUCGUGUUUGACUCUGGUGAGGUGUUGAGCAUCGAUCAGCAGUUCCAAGGCAAAGACUCGUCCAGUCCCCACGUGCGAGUGCAGACUCAUCUAAGCGGCUCUAUCCCGAUUCUACACCCUCGAGCUCAAGUCACCAUGCCCCUGUACAAGGAGACGUACCAGCGAGUCAGGCGGGGCGUCAUCCAGUCACGCGCACAAGUCAAGUACACGGUGGAUGGCGCGGAGAACCAGUUCCUGGUGGAACAAGUCAUCCGGUACAACGAGCCUCGGGACUGCCCACCGGAUAUGACGUCAGUAGUGCUAGAAGCUAACGUAUUGAUGAUGCGAUAUGACGAGGCGCACAGCUUCAUGGGUAUUGCUAUCAGAGGCCGCGUGAGGAAUGGCACUAGUGAUGAGGAAACCGAUAGUGAGUCAUCUCAGAAGCACGAAGGAAAGCCGACAACCGCCAAGCCACGCCCACAAACAAGCGCAAGACCCAGACCCCAAACUACCUCUAGGCCACAACCACAGGGAGCCCAGUGUGGAGCGGAGAGAUGUCAUCCUGCUGGUGUCUGCAUCGUCUACCAGGGCCGACAGGAGUGCCGGUGUAACCAUGGUUACCGAGGAGAUGGCGUGACGUAUUGCGUCAGCACCACAGUCAGACCCCAAACGACUACCAGUCCUCCAACGACAUCAAGGCCACAGGGUGCCCAGUGCGGACCAGUUAGAUGCCAUGAAAGGGGCGUCUGCAUUGUUUACCAGGGAAGGCAGGAGUGCCGAUGUAACCAUGGUUACCGAGGAGAUGGUGUGACAUAUUGCGAUAGUACAACAGUAAGGCCACAACCCACUGAUCGUCCUAGGCCUCAAACGACAUCAAGACCACAGGGUACCCAGUGCGGGGCCGUAAAAUGCCAUGAACGUGGCGUCUGUAUUGUGUACCAGGGAAGGCAAGAAUGUCGCUGUAACCAUGGCUAUCGAGGAGAUGGCGUGACGUACUGCGAGAGCACAACAGUAAGACCAGCAACCACAUCCAGGCCUAAAACGACAGCUAGACCCAGGCCCCAGGGCGGACAGUGCGGCGCGGUCAGGUGUCACACUUUUGGUGUCUGCAUCGUCUACCAGGGCCGGCAGGAGUGCAGGUGUAACCAUGGUUACCGAGGGGAUGGCGUCAACUAUUGCGUCAGCACCACAGUCAGACCCCAAACCACAGAUAGACCAAAAACGACCCCGAGACCACAGGGUACCCAAUGUGGUAGGUUCAAGUGCCACAAAUUUGCAGUUUGUAUCACGUACAACGGGGAGAAGCAAUGCCGCUGUAACUAUGGUUACCGAGGAGAUGGCGUGACGUUUUGCAACAGCGUGACAGCUACUGUCAGGCCACCAUCUGUGCUCGUCACCACAGCCCGUCCCAGGCCCCAAGGCGUACCGUGCGGUGGGAUUACGUGUCACAGCCUCGGGGUGUGUAUUACGUUCCAGGGCCGCAAGGAGUGCAGGUGUAACUAUGGUUACCGGGGGGAUGGCGUCAGCUACUGCGAAGACGCAGAUGAAUGUACCCUGAACAGAUACCGUUGCGAUGCCAACGCGGAAUGUAUCAACACCGUGGGCUCAUACCGUUGUAAAUGUAAGACCGGUUAUACGGGAGAUGGCAAGACGUGUACAGAAGCCGUAGAAUUCUAUUGUCCUCAGAAAUGCCACCCUAACGCUAAGUGCGUGCGUCUGGCGGUGGGCGGUCAGGUCUGCGUGUGCUUACCUGGAUAUACAGGCGACGGAGUCUCGUGUGAACCGGACGGCACCUGUGAAGGCGUCAAGUGUGAUGCGAAUGCACAAUGUAUAAAGACCGCUGACCAGUCACAGAAGUGCAUCUGUAAAACUGGUUUCGUCGGCAACGGAGAAAUUUGUAGAGAGGUUGACCCAUGCGCAGGCGUGAAGUGCGGAGAUAACGCCAGAUGCGUCCAAUCAAAAUGCGUUUGUAAUGACGGUUACCAAGGCGACGGCCAGCGGUGUUACGACGUGAAGGAGUGCGCGAGGCUGGAUCGAUGUGAUCCUAACGCUGACUGUAUCGACACCGUGGGCUCAUAUCGAUGCGCAUGCAAGUCGGGAUACACCGGAGACGGCAGUAUCUGCACUAAAGUGCCGUCGUCUGUCGCGUGCGGAGGUAAAGUGUGUCACACGCACGCGGAGUGUUUCACGUACCAAGGACAGAAGCAGUGCGUGUGCGAACGGGGUUACCAAGGAAACGGCGAGGACUGUAAAGAUAUAAACGAGUGCGAGCAGAACCACGAGUGUGAUCCGCUAAAAGCAGUUUGCACAAACACCGAGGGCUCAUAUAGCUGUACAUGCAGGCCUGGUUACGGAGGUGACGGCCGAACAUGCACUCCUAUCUCCUCGUGUGGAGGUGAGGUUUGUCACCAGUUCGGUGAAUGCGUGACUGAUGACGAUACGGGGCGGAAGCGGUGUCAAUGCCGCGUCGGUUUCCGGGGCAACGGCGUGGAUUGUUAUGACAUGGAUGAAUGUAUUCCCCUCCUAAGGACGUGUGGCUCCAACUCAUUGUGUAGGAAUACUCUCGGUGGUUACGAGUGCGUGUGCCGCAGGGGUUUCACCAAGAAGGAGGGCAACUGCAUCAGUGAUGGAUCUUGUAAUGGUGGCACGUGUAGUCUCGAUGCCAGGUGCGAUACCAUAUUAGGGUGUGUUUGUAAGAGUGGUUUCCAAGGAGAUGGAUUCAACUGUACAGACAUUGAUGAGUGUGAACCGAGGAGAAAUCGCUGCGAUCCAAACGCGGACUGUCGUAACACCGUGGGCUCAUUCCAGUGCGCGUGCCAAGUAGGAUUUGUGGGCGAUGGAUUCGUGUGCACGUCUGAUGGUUCUUGCGGCGGCACAACCUGUGACGUCAAUGCCAAAUGUGGACUAGCGCCGGACGGGCUUCCUCAAUGUCAAUGUAAAAUUGGUUGGGAAGGAAACGGAUUGACAUGUUUUGAUAUCAAUGAAUGUGAAUCUGUCAGCUGUCCUGCAAACGCGGACUGUAUUAAUAGUGCUGGUUCGUACGAGUGUCGUUGUAGACUCGGGUUUAGCAAGAAUGGCUCGGAAUGUCAAGUGGAUAACACAUGCGGUGGCGUUGCCUGUGAUGCGCAUGCGCAAUGCGUACAGCACGCUGACGGCAGACGCGAGUGCGUGUGCAAUGCAGGCUGGGUACAGGAUGCGGGAAGAGCUUGUCUCGACAUCGAUGAGUGCCAGUCACUGUCGAACCCAUGUCACAAGGAUGCCGACUGCACAAACACUCCCGGGUCGUACUCGUGUCGAUGUCGCCUUGGCUUCGCUGGUGACGGGCAGAUUUGUGAAGCGGACGGCACAUGCGCAGGAGCCACCUGUCACCCUGACGCCUCUUGCCACAGAAAUACCGCGUUUGGCACCAGGUGUGUCUGUAACCCUGGUUACCUUGGCGACGGAAGGAAAUGUACAGAUAUCGACGAAUGUUUGAACGGCGAGCAUAACUGUAGCGACAAGGCGAUCUGUACCAACAGCGAGGGGGCAUUCUCGUGCAAGUGCUUGCUGGGAUAUGACGGAGGCGGAUUCACGUGCACAACGGACGGCACGUGCGAGGGCGUCAAGUGUGAUCCUAACGCCAAGUGCAUAGCAGCCUCGCCUUCUGGCGAGAAUAGGACCUGCGCCUGCAAUGACGGAUUCAGCGGCAAUGGCUUGUUCUGUAGAGAUAUCGACGAGUGUGCUCUCGGGCACGCGAACUGCCAUCGGAAGGCCGAGUGCGUGAAUCAGCUCGGAUCGUUCGUAUGUCGUUGCGUCAUUGGCUACGUCGGAAAUGGUGUCGACUGUAAAAGUGACGGUACAUGUGAAGGCAAGGUAUGUGACUUCAAUGGCGAGUGUGUCGCUAAGAACAAUAGCGAUGGCGAGACUGAGCGAACGUGCCGGUGCAAGGAGGGAUUCGAGGGCGACGGAAUCAUCUGCACUGACCAAGACGAGUGCCUGAAAGGCCCCUGCCCCCAGAAUGCAAAGUGCGUCAACAACUUUGGCUCCUACUUGUGCAUCUGUAACCCCGGCUACAAAAAGGUCAACGGAAAAUGCGAGAAGCUUUGCAUUCGCUGCAUGAACGGAGGGUCCUGCGUUGAGAACAACGGAUGCGAAUGCCCGAAAGGCUUCUCGGGAAAACGAUGCCAGUGGUAUGGUGACGCGUCCCUGAUAUUCACCAAAGGUAACAGCGUACAGCGCAUGUCCUUACCCCCUCGGCCCAGUGCUAUCGGUCUGCUGUACCAGAGCCGGGGUCAUGUGAACGUGGGUGUGGACUACGACUGCGUCGAGGAGUACAUCUACUGGACCGAGAUCAUGGAGGGGUGCAUCAUGCGCGCAAAGUAUGACGGGACCAAGCAGGAGGUGGUCAUACCCAGGAAACAGGUCAAGAGCCCAGAGGGAAUCGCUGUCGACUGGAUGGGACGUAACAUCUACUGGACCGACACUGGUCUUGACGUCAUCGAGGUGGCUGGAAUGAAUGGCUCAAACCGUAGGGUCCUUAUCUCGAAUGCUCUUGACGACCCAAGGGCCAUCCUCGUGGACCCUCCUAACGGAAAAUUGUACUGGGCGGACUGGACUAGGCGUCGCCCGCGGAUCGAGGUGGCGAACAUGGACGGCUCAAAUCGCCGUGUGCUCGUGUACAGUGACCUUGGCCUUCCUAACGGAUUGACGCUUGUCCGGGCCACCAAUGAGCUUUGCUUUACGGACGCUGGCACGUGGUCUAUAAGAUGUGUGGACUUGGGAGCUCUUAACGUUAGGAAGGUAAUUUACCCUAUAGCCUACCCAUACGGCAUUGCCAGUUUCAACCGCACGCUCUUCUGGACCGACUGGAUGAACAACAAGGUACAACGGAUUGGGAUGGACUCCAAGGAUCCCGGAGUGCCUCUCAAGACGUACGUCGGACAAAGUGGGAAGAUCUUCGACGUGAAAGCGGUCCAACCAUGUCCUAAAAAAGCGUCCGCCAAGUAUCCGUGUGAAGUAAACAAUGGCGGCUGUAUGGGGCUAUGUCUUCUUCGGCCCGGAGGUCACACAUGUUCGUGCCCAGUCCACAUGUACACCGUGACGACGGAUAAGGGAACAAUAUGUAAAGAUAAGUGUGAAGAUCCAUUAGGAAUAGAGGAAGGUAUCAUAGAAGAUGCUCAAAUGACUGCGUCUUCUGCUUGGAAUAACAACUUCAAGCGCUACGGAGCGCACCGAGCCCGCAUUAACCUAGAGUCCUGGCCAGCGGGCUGGAACGCCAAGAGAUUCGACCCAGACCCCUGGCUACAGAUAGACCUCGGGUCAGUGAAGACCGUGACUAGCGUGGCGACGCAGGGCCUGGGUCACGGUAAUCAUGACGAGUGGGUGAAGACAUACAGAGUGUCGACUUCGCUUGACGGGGAGACUUGGUUUGUGCAUCAGAAUGGCGACCGUGAUAAGAUAUUUAUGGGUAAUAACGACGGCACCACCGUAAAGCGUAAUGAAUUCAAGCCUAAUCUCAAGACACGAUGGCUGAGAAUUCAUCCUAGAACAUGGAACAACAACGUAGCGCUCCGUCUAGAGCUUUAUGGGUGCUGAUCCACAAGUAUUGGAAGUGCCAACCGCUUCCAAGCCGAGCUGAUUUCUCCAAGCAUAACAGGUUUUAGGUAUAUAACCUGUGUAACGUGAACACAAGGCCUGCUACUCACAGUCAAGCAACAUAACCCAGUCUGCCAAAACUGACCACACACACCAUGACUCAGCCUAUGUAACAUGAACGUGGUAUGCAAGAUUUUGUAACCUCCAAACAACGUUCACAACAAGCACAAGGGGUUCUGGACAGACUUUAAUAUAAUAUAGGGUUUUUGUAAUUCAUCGCUUUUACCAUAUUGCCUAAAUAAGAUAUAUUUUUUUUAACAAAAUUAUAUUCUAUGACUCAUGCUGUAAUUUUGUUACAAAUGCUAUGUUACAUAUUUUUCUUGAUGAUCUAAAUAAAGAUGUACAAAGUGC